GGAACACGCACAUCUCCUCUUUUCAAGUGAGCCUUCGUCACGGACAGUCACGGAAGCCUUCGUGCAAGAUGACGAAGGGAACGUCCAGCUUUGGUAAAAGGCGUAACAAGACACACACUCUGUGCAGGAGAUGUGGACGUAGCUCAUACCACAUCCAAAAGUCGCAAUGCGCUCAGUGUGGAUAUCCUCAGAGAAAGAUGCGGUCAUAUAAUUGGUCGAUCAAGGCUAAAAGGAGGAAGACUACUGGGACUGGCCGCAUGCGUCACCUUAAAAUCGUUCGACGCAAGUUCAAGAACGGCUUCAGGGAAGGUGUACCCAAGCCCAAGGCUGUUGCUGCAAAGUAAUUUACAAAAACUUUAUUUAAGAUUUGUGAAAACUUUGAAAACUCUAAGACCUAAUAAACAGCUUGAAGUAUAUAAAAGUUUGUUCCUUUAGAAAAAUAGGGUGAUGCAAGUACAUGACAUAUUUCCUGUAACAAUGAACAAGAAAGUCCCAUUGUCGAUAAAUACUGUAUUAUAUCAGAGUAUAAACCAGCCCCCCAUUCUAAGACAGUAUUUCAGAGUGUUUUUCUCAGGUAACCGCACAUCAAAUGGAUAUUUUGACGGUGUUGUCAACUACAAAAAACCUCUGUUUAUAUUCGACACAAUGCGGUAGUUCAUGAAAAGAGUUUGUCAAACAUUGCACAUCAAUUUAAACUUAAAAAAAUAACUCACAAUUUGAUACCAUGUUGACGAGUCAAUCAAUGUUUCGGGAAAUUUGACACAGAUUAUUAAACAUCAGUUUUAGAAUACGAUAGUAACUAAUGCUAAUUCCUGUUUUAUUAAAACAAGGUAUAUAAUUCGGAAUCCUCGAAUAAACAUAUCAGAACAGUAAUAUUGUAUCAGUAGUUCAAAGAAAAUAGAUAAAACGUCGGAUUUUCGUACAAAACUCACAAUCGACAAGAAUUGAGAUCACAGUCCAAAAGUAAUAAUUUGUGGAUGCACCUGUCACGCUAAGAACUACAGGCUUUAGUAGGUGUUCGAAAUAAUGAUGAUCGACCUUGGCGCGAGCGCGCAAACGCGGCGUUUUUGACAGCGAUUCAGAGUCUAUUUAUCAACGCACUCUUGUCGAAAUAUCUUAGUAAGAUUCAGUUUUUGGCGCGAGAUGGAACAUAUGAGUUAUCCUGUGAAUUACAUAAUCAUAUAACGUAAAAAUUCAAUAACCUAAAUUGAUCAAUUUCAAAACGUUAUGCCACACCAAAUUCAACUAAUUUUCUCUCUACGCAAGCACCAAAAAAUUAAGAAUCAUAUCAGAUAACACAGGCUUAUAAAAUAA